AUGGUGUGCUUUGACGUGGUUUCAUUAUUCACGUCCAUCCCACCGGACCUGGCACGCGACGUUUUUCGCAAUCGACUCGAAGAGAAUCACGACGAAACGAACAGACCCCUAAAAAUCGACAACUUACUGCAACUGUUUGCUUUCUGCCAACAAACCUUCUUCACCUUCAAUGGCAGAGCAUACGAGCAGAUCAAAGGAAUGCCGAUGGGUUCGCCAAUAUCCAGCCUGGUUGCAGAACUGGUCCUGCAGGUACUGGAAAAAGUCGCCUUCGACCACUAUGAACCUGCAUUUUGGCUCCGGUACGUGGACGACACGUUCGUCAUAAUUGAAAGGAGCAGACUGGCCGACUUCCAAGACCUGCUCAACGGCAUCUUCCCAGACAUUCAGUUCACAAGGGAAGAAGAGCAUGCCGAACAGCUGCCUUUCCUUGACGUUCUCGUCACACGCACACCCAACGGCGAACUCAACACCACGGUGUACAGAAAGGCGACUAACACGACUCAGAUUCUCAACUACCACAGUAACCACCCAAUGGCGCAUAAACGCAACUGUGUAAGGACACUCUUCCAAAGGGCAAAAUGCACUGCAGGGAACCCGAGGGACGAGUACGAGAACUUCGGCAUCUUCGGGACCAACUGGCAAGGAAUGGAUACCCGAACAGCUUCGCCAGCCACUGUCUCCGCACGCGCCCACGGCGAACAAACGGAGGAGAGCCGCCAACACUCUGGCACCCUCUACCAUAUAUAA